GCAGUUCGGAUAAUAAUAAAUAUGACACACCAUGGUUUUCAAAAACUAAUGAAUGAGCUCCUGAUAAAAAUAUCACAGUUCCCCCAGUUUUGUUGAUUGUCAAAUUUAUUAUCAUUGCCAAAAUGGCAUUGGUUGGCCUCAAACCUGUCCGCCUGGUCACUUUUAUGAACCAAAAAUGAAUUCAAGAGGGUGUACAAUGAGUAUGUACUUACCCAAAAAGGAGGCAAACUGUCGUACUGCAGGUAGUUGGGUCUAAGUUGUCAGCAGGGGGAGAUUGUGAAACCAUAUGUGGUGAAGAAGAAAUUCAGACUAGAAGGAGAAAGUGUGAAAAUUCACCUCCAUCUAAUGGUGGAGAUGACUGUCCAGGUGUUUCAAUUGAGAUAAGGUCAUACAUGAAUCCAACUGUACAGAAUAUGAAUAUACAACUUUAAUGGUUUCAAUGAAAAGGUCUGUCCAGUUGAACAAAGGCAAAGUUAAAUGGAGUUCAGUUGAUUUAAAUAUUAAUAAUCUCCUGGAAAGUAGGUGAUUAGGAAAGUUUAUUGAGAAUUACUGAACUAAAUGCUAUUUGCUUCCUAAUCACUUAAUAACUACCUGUAUUGUGCAAUAUAUUUUUACCCAUUGCUUGAAUUGUUAAGUAAAGUUUUUGUUAAGAAUUUUAUUUGUAAUGUGUUUUUCACUUGAAAAUAUUUCAUUACAUUCAUAUUGAAAAAAAUUUAGUUUGGGAAGAAAUGAAUCAUUUUUUGUGCAUUCCUUAUAAAAGCUUUUGAUGAUAAGACUUUGUGUUAAAGGAAGUUUAGCUAUAAAAUGAAUUUAAUAUUUGUGAAUUUUCUUAUAUAUCUCAUAGUUUUACUUUCCUUUGCCAAAGGUAAGAUUGUAUUUUGGCAAUGCGACUUUGAAACAGAUAAUUGUUUACUGGAAACAACUGUACCAGAUGAUCUAAGAAUUUACAAAUUUCGUAGAGGACACUUAAAUUCAUCUUUAAACUCUACAGGAAAAUGCAUGUACGCAAAACAGAAUAGUUCUUUUAUCAAAGAAGCUUAUCUAUAUUCGAAAAAAUUGAAAAUUCCAAUAAUUUCUACAAUUUUUCUAUGUUUAAAAUUUGAUCUUCUUCUAACAUCUUUCACUGAUAAACUAUAUAUUUACGCAUUGAAGAAUGGACGUGUUUUACAAGUAAAAGUCUUUUCUGCAAGUUAUUCUGAUUAUAAAAAAUGGAUUACAAAAGAAAUCAGUUUAAAUGGCAAUUUUGAUCAGUGCAUUAUCAAAGCUGAAAAAGUCACUGAAAGUGAUUCUAUAGUGGCUAUUGACAAUAUUGAAAUAAAUAGUUGUUCAAAUGAUUUACCUACACUUUCUCCUCCAUCUUCCCUAUCAGUAAAGUUGAAUUGUAACUUUAACUUGAAAAAUUUCUGUCAAUACUCCCAGCAAACCAAUGGAAGUAGUUGGCAAAUAAAUGAUCCAACUAUACACUAUUUACCACCUUAUCAGGAUGUAAGUAAAACAGGACAUUUUGCUCACAUUAACUCUUACUUUUGUAAGAAUGGAGUUAUUGAAAGUUUCCACAGUCCUCUAGUAACAAUCAAUGAGAAAGGAUGCAAAUUUUCAUUCUAUUACUUUAUAAGUGGUAAUAAUGUUGCAAAUGGUAUAAAAAUCUAUACAAAAGGUAAGGGAAAUCAACAAAAUUUACUAUUGGAUAAUCCAAGCUCAAGUGGAAAUGGAUGGAUUAAGAGAACAGUUGAUCUUCCAGUUGGAAGCUAUAAUAUAAUUUUUGAACGAGAAUGUAAAUGGUUCAGUAGUUAUUCAUUUGCCAUUGAUCAACUUAAAAUGGAAAGCUGUAAAGUAGGGUCAGAAGAAUCAACAGCAGCAACAACAGCAGCAACAUCAACUGUAAGACCUAUUGCUAAUAAAUAUCCUCCCGAAAGAUUGCAAUGUACAUUUGAGAAAGGAUUUUGUAAUUAUACACAAAAGUCUAGUUUUAAUUGGUCAAUUGGCACAAAAACACCUUCAUUAGAAACUGGCCCGCAACAGACAUAUUUUGGUCAAUUUGUCUAUUUUGAGGCAAGCUAUGCCUAUGAGACAGAUGUUGCUAUUCUAGAAUCUCCAAUUGUCUAUAUAAAUAAGAAAAUUUGUUUAUCAUUUAUAUAUAAUAUGUAUGGAGAAGAUAUGGGUCAUUUUCUUGUCUCAUUAGUCACUUUAGACAAAAAUAAACAGAUAAUAGUUGGUAAUGAAACUCUUCUAUAUAAACAUGAAAAUCAAGGAAAGCAAUGGCUAAAAUUUUCACAUACAAUCCAUGGAAAUUCUUCUAAAAUUGUGUAUCAGAGAUUGCUGUUCUAUGGAUUUUAUAGUAAAGGCUAUACAGGAGAUAUUGCUUUUGAUGAGAUUAAAAUAGCUGAUGGAGUUUGCCAAACAUCAAAACCAGAUAUUGAUAUUAAUAAGCCACUUUGCGGUAGAACUGGUAAUAUUAGUGCAGUAAAAAAUGCUUCAAUAGCAGACUUUCCAUGGCAUGUUUGGAUAUAUGGACUUAUAAACAGUACCUAUUACAUUGUAUGUGAAGGAGCAAUUGUUCAUAAAAGAUUUAUUCUAACUACUGCAGCUUGUGAACUUGAUAGAUAUACAAAAUUCUCAAUUAUUGCUGGAUCUUCAAAGAGAUAUAGUGGAAAAGCAUACUAUGGAGAAAAGUUUAUAAAACACUCAAAGUAUAGCCAUCUUCCAAUUAAUUAUAAUCUAGCUCUAAUAAGGUUGGAAAAGGAGAUUGAAUUCAGUGAUAAAAUUAACCCUGCCUGCUUAAUUGAACAAAAUCUGAAUGGAAUGGAGGAAUAUGAAUGCUAUGUUACAAGUUAUGGAACAUUAAAGCCAAAAAUUCUUACUUAUAACCUUACAAAACUGCAACAAAAUCUGGUUAAUGAACAACAAUGCAAGGAGUCUUUCUUCAUCAACUAUACUUUAUAUCCGGAAACGCUUUGUGCAAAAUCUUCCAAGACUUCUCAAAGUCAAUCUAUCUAUUACGAUAUAGGAUCUCCAUUAAGUUGUAAAGUUAAUGGAAAAUGGUUUGUUGGAGGAAUUUUACAGAAUUCGACCAAAUUGUAUAAAAAUGGUUUAAUAUUAUAUUCACAAACUGGAAAAAAUUACAGAUGGAUAGAGAAGACUAUAAAAAAUAAUAUUAACAUCAAGUUAACAAGACCAACUGUUCCACCUUCACCUAUGACUCAAAAACCUAAAAUUAGGCCUACAGUUGGACUCAAUCAUAAAAAUUGCGGUGUUCUAGGUAGUAGUCCAUUAAUUAUUGGAGGAAGAAGGGUUACCUCUGCAGGGGAAUUUCCAUGGCAGGUAAAAUUUUAAAUUGGGGGAAGUAGGUGGAGAUGAAAAGUUCAUUUUAGUAAAAAUACUACAAUAUCCUAUAUAUUAGGUACAAAUAAUACAAACAACAUAUACAAACAACUUUGUUUGUGGUGGAAUUCUUAUUCAUGAACGAUUUGUACUUACAGCUGCUUAUUGCGUACCACAGUUCGUUUUUUAUUUUUUACCAUUUGUUUUAAAUUUUAAAUGUCAUCAGACAUAGUUGUUUUAUUAAUUAAGGAUAUCUGUUCAGAGCAGUAACCUUCAUUGUAAAAUUGGGAUCUACUAAAUUAUACAAUGGAAAACAAUAUAAUGUGACAAAAAUCCAUAUCCAUCCAGACUAUAAUGAGAUUUUUAGCCAGAAUGAUAUAGCCAUACUAAAAUUGGAUAGAGCUGUUAAAAUGUCAGAUUCAAUCAACACUGCUUGUUUAGAUAAUCAACCUCUAACUGGUAAUGAAGACUAUAAAUGCUACACUUCCGGUUUUGGAUAUUUAUCACAAAAUUCCACAGAUGCUAGUUCUUAUUUGAUGAAAACUAAAAUUCAAUUGAAAACACAACACAUUUGUGCUAAUGAAAUGAUUAAGAAAGCUAAUAAGCAAAUAACACUAUUAAAUUAUCCAGAAAAAAUCUGUGGGUAUGGUAUUGAAACUGCUGAUUCUCAAAUUUGCUAUGGUGAUGGUGGAGGUCCUCUAUCCUGUAAUAUUGGUGGGAAAUGGACAGCAAGUGGAGUAGCUAGCUUGAUUAUUAUAGGGUGUCUACAUGGAAAAUCUAUAUUUUCCCAAACAGCAAGCCAAUACAACUAUAUUAAAAAAGUUAUUGAAUAUGAAGAAAACAUGUAGAUGAAUGAUAUUCUUAAUAAUAAAUUUCAUUUAAAUUCUUAUAAUCUCUCUCUCUCUCACUAAUUUUUAUAGACCUAAUGAAAAAUGUGGAAAUGAUUAUGCAUAAUUUUCAAAAAGUAUAUAUAUAUAUAUAUAGUAUAAAAGACAGUUUGCAACCAAUUCUAAAACAAAUACAACCCAUCUCUUCAAUAUUGACUCAUUCAAUUUAUCACAAACCUACAAGUAGAUUAGAAGCUAUUUAUAUUUUGAUCAGAAUGUAAAGUUCCAUUAUGCUAAUUCCUAGAAAAUAAAAGUUAUUUUAAUGUUCUAUCAUGUCUAA